UUAGAGAAGACGCUACUGGACUCUGAUAAUCAUGACCGACAGUCAGAAUGUGUCCGAUUUGGAGGAUGAGGAGUGCUGGGUUCAGUUGGAAGAAUACAGGAUGUUGCUGAUAAAGACCAUCGAACCAUCGCAGAUCACGCCGUACCUGCGCCAGUGCAAGGUGAUCAGCAGUGAGGACGAGGAGCUGAUAUUCAAUGACCCUAGUCUGGUCGUCCGCCGACGCAAAGUAGGUGCACUAUUGGAUAUUCUUCAGAGAACUGGACUGAAAGGCUAUGUGGCCUUCCUUGAGAGCCUGGAGCUGGACUAUCCUCAGUUGUAUCGCAAAAUCACUGGCAAAGAACCUGCCAGGGUCUUCUCUAUUCUGGUUGACACAGCGGGGGAGUCAGGACUGACUCAGUUCUUGAUGAGUGAGGUCACACGCCUCCAGAAGGCCCUGCAGGAGGAACGCCGGCGCAGGCAGGAGGUGGCUGCGGCCGCAGCUGCGCAGGAGGGAGCCGUCCGGCAGCAGCAGGUCCGGGAGAGGGAGCUGAAGAAGCAGCAGGAGCGCGUGCAGCACAUGAGAGAGGAGAGGGACCGGCUCUGUGAGGAGGCGCGACACCUGAAGGACGAGAACUACAGCCUGAUGCACAGUGUGACCAAGCUGAGUGAAGACAAGAACAGCGCCCUUAUGGCCAACCGAGACCUGCAACUGGAGAUCGAGAAACUGAAGCACAGCCUGAUGAAUGCAGAGAGUGACUCAAAGAUCCAGCGCAAGCGAACAGUGAACCUGAAGAAUGCCAUUGAGCAGAGACCUAGUCAGGACAUGAUCUGGAAGUUACAGAGAGAAAACGAUCUGCUCAGAGCUCGCAUCCAGGAGAUGGAGACCCCCGAUCAGGUUUCCUCUCUAGGCCCCCUGGAUCAGACGAAGCCGAGUGAUAUGACCCGGGAGAGCAACAAACCGCUGUCAAACCCUCAGUAUCAGGAGCUGGUCAACAUGACUUACAGUUUACGCAGAGAUCUGCACGAUGCUGAGGCACGGUGUAACCAGUACUUUGAGGCGAAGGAUGUUCUUGAGUUGAAGUGCACGACAUUGAAGAAAGAUGCCAAAAUGUAUCGUGAGCGAAUGGAGGAAAUCCUUAAACAAAUGGACGAGAUUAUCAGGGAGAGAGACAAGGCCAUUGCCUCUCGAGAAGAGUACCAUCAGGAGAACUCCCGGAGCCUCCAGGAGAAGGACCAAUACCGGAAACAGAUCCGGGAGCUGGGUGAGCGCUGUGACGAGCUGCAGGUCCAGUUGUUCCGGACUGAGGGAGAAGUUAUGGCUCUACAGGCCAGGCUUCGCAGAAACACCUGUUCCCCAAACUAUAAAAGCCAGACCAGCGAAGAGGACUGCAUUGAUAAAUUAAUCAAAGGGAGUAGUGCGGAACUGCAAAGUCAGACGUCGGGGGAGGAUGUGUGCGUUGCUGUGCAAGAAAACUCGUUGUGUCCAGGGGUGUCCAGAGAGGACAAUGUCUCAUCGGAAAGAGUUCUAUCGGAGGAUGAGUUUCAAGGCAGCAGCAAGCCCAGAUCGAGGUGUAACUUCUACUACCAAAGGAAAUGUGCCCUUAAGAGGUCAAAGACCACAUGCAAGGAAAGCACACCAUGUAACCUGGACAACAGCAGUGGGAGUGACAACACUGACACGGAUGGAAUGUGACUGAGAGAUGUGGUCGGUGCGUUUUGCCCGGCUCAGUGCCCCAGGUGUGUGGAGAUUUCACUUGACCAAUUUGAAAACAUUUCAAACCGGCCCAAAGAGGUGGCCCAGAGACGGCCCGUGGGUUGGGUGUCAUGGUACGGACCUUCGCACAAAGUGUAGUUUACUUACGGUAUAAAUUAUUUAAUUCAUGAUUAUUGAAAUAACCAAUAACUUGUUUAAUACACUCAUAUUAUUCUAAUAAAAUGGCAAUAUUUUCAAUAGUGAUUGCAUAAUGAA